AUAUCUCCCACUUCAUCGCCAUACCAUUCACACAACACAAACAAAUCAUCCUCUUUCUCUCUUUGCAAAUUACUCACACCAUGCAUCAAUCUAGCCAUUCCUUUCAAGUCAUGGCUGCCAUUUUACAACAAUACCAACAAUCUUCUCUUUUCACCCACCAGAAUGAUCCUUUACUCAUCAAAGGAUCCGAAAGUCAUAUGGGGAAGAUGGUUUCUGAGAACGCUGUAAUUGUGUUUGCUAGACGUGGCUGCUGCAUGAGCCAUGUUGUGAAGCGUUUGCUUCUAGGUCUUGGUGUUAAUCCUGCUGUUUAUGAAGUUGAUGAAGAAGAUGAAGUUGGUGUUUUAGCUGAACUGGGUUUGAUUAAUAAAAGAUUUGGAAUCGAUCAAAAGGUUCAGUUUCCAGCUGUGUUUAUUGGAGGGCAGUUGUUUGGGGGAUUGGAUAGGAUCAUGGCUGCUCAUAUUAGUGGAGAAUUAAUUCCUGUGCUCAAGGAAGCUAAGGCCUUGUGGCUCUAACUCUAUUUAAGGCCGCUUUUUUCACCUUAAAUUUUAUUUUGUAGGCCUGCUAAUCCACUUCUAGAGAUGUUACGGAAACAAGUUUAUUAUUCUUUUGAGUUCAGAAAUGGGAUUGUAAUUUUUUUUUUUUCAUCCUUAUUUGUUUGAUCAAAAUUAAUUCUGAUCAAUUUCUUUUUGUCAGAAAAGUAAAUUUUACAAAUAUUUAUGAAUGAUAGAGAGUGAAGCUUCUCUUUCUUAUUA